AUGCGAGCACGUUUUGAUCAAAGACAGGAAUUAAAGAACGAAUACGAAUUAUUAAUUAAAUUUGAUGAACAUACAUAUGAUUUGUUUGGGCUGUAUCAGCAAGCGAUUGUUGGUGAUAUCAAUGUACCAAAAAUAAAUUAUCGUGACCCAAAUGAAAUGUCAUAUAUGUGGUCAUGGAUUAAGGGAAAUCGUAAAUGGCAUGCAUGGAAUAAGUGCAAAGGUUAA